CCGCCCCCGGCCUAACCCCCGCAUAAUGGCCGAUGAAGGCAGCGAAUCUAGCGAUGAAGCCUGUGAGGAAGCCAGGGAAGACGAAAGUACUGAUGAGACAUCUGAGAAGGAGACUCAAAGUCAAAAGGAGAGCAUCUAUGAUAUGACCGAUUUACUAUUAGAUUAUAUAACUAUAAUGGCAGCCGCCAGAAUUCGAAGGAAGGGGGCUGCUGAUUUUUCAGACUUGAUAAACUGUGCUGAUCAUGUUAACUAUGGCUCUGGUUCUCAAUUGGGAGGAGCUCCUUUGUAUAUUGCUAUUGAAAAGAGGCACUGUGGCAAUGAAACUGUUAACUUGCUUAUUGAAAAAGGAGCAAUCUUUAUAUUUGAUUUUAUGUAUAAUGAAUCAACUGCACUGCAUGUUGCUGCUAAGAUUAAUUGCCUUGAUAUUGUUCAGCUGCUAAUCGAUGAAGGAGUUGAUGUAAAUGUUGCAAAUAAGGAGAAGAAGACUCCUCUGCAUUAUGCUGCCAGAAGUGGUUCUGAUAUUAUAGUUAGUAUAUUAGUAAACCAUGGAGCUGAUGUUAAUGCUGUAGAUGAGUAUCAAGAGACUCCUUUACAUUAUGCUGCUAGAAGAGGUUCUAAAAUUAUAGUUUUUAUACUUUUAAACAAUGAGGCUAAUGUUAAUGCUAUUGACAAAUGGAAACUGACAGCAUUGGAAAUUGCUAUUAAAGAGGGACAUACCGAAGUUGUUGAAUUGCUGAUGGACAAAGGAGCAAUCUAUGAAUUUCAUUAUAUUCGUAACCAACCAACUGCACUCCAUAUUGCUGCUGAAACAUUGUAUCCUAAUAUUGUUGAACUAUUAAUUAAAAAAGGGAUUAAUGUAAACAUUAAAGAUAAGGAUCAAAAGACUCCUCUACAUUAUUCUGCUAAAAGUGGUUUUGAGAUUAUAAUUAAUGUAUUAGUAAAAAAUGGAGCUGAUGUUAAUGCUAUAGAUGAGUUGGGAUUGACUGCUUUGUACAUUGCUAUUGAAAAUAGACACAUUAAAGUUAUUGAAUUACUUAUUGACAAAGGAGCAAGUGUCAAGUUUAAUCAUUUGAUACAUUAUAUGAAACCAACAGCACUGCACAUUGCUUACAAAAAUAUACAUUUUGAUUCUACUAAAAUUUUUGAACUACUGAAGACCAAGAUAUACCUACAAGAUGAUGCUGCUACAAGUGGCUCUGAGAACAAUGCUAUUGGCAAGGACCUGAAGACUCCUCUGCAUUGUGCUUCUAGAAGUGGUUCUGAAAAUGAAGUUACUACACUAGUAAACAAUGGAGCUGAUGUUAAUGCUAUAGACAGGUAUUGGAUUACUCCUCUACAUUAUGCUGCUGAAAGUAGAAAAGAUUUUGAGAAUGUAGCUAUUAUACUAAUAAAAAAUGGAGCUAUUGUUAAUGCUAAAGAUGAGAAUAAGAAGACUCCUCUACAUUAUGCUGCUAGAAGUGGUUCUGAGAAUGUAGUUGAUAUAUUAGUAAAAAGUGGAGCUGAUGUUAAUGCUGUAGAUAAGGAUCGAGAGACUCCUCUACAUUAUGCUGCUAGAAGUUCUUCUAAAAAUAUGCAUGUAGUUAAUAUACUUGUAAAAAAUGGAGCUGAAGUUAAUGCUAAAAAUGACAAGGACCAAACGACUCCUCUACAUGAUGCUACCAGAAGUGGUUCUGAGAUUAUGGUGACUGCACUAGUAAACAAUAAAGCUAAUCUUAAUGCUAAAGACUGGGAUGAAGGGACUCCUCUACAUUAUGCUGCUAGAAGUGGUUCUGAGACUAUAGUUACAAUAUUAGUAAAAAAUGGAGCUGAUGUUAAUGCUAAGAACAAGGUUCAAGAAACUCCUCUACAUUAUGCUGCUGGAAGUGGUUCUGAGACUAUAGUUACAAUAUUAGUAAAAAAUGGAGCUGAUGUUAAUGCUAUGGACAAGGUUCAAAAGACUCCUCUACAUUAUGCUGCUAGAAGUGGUUCUGAGACUAUAGUUACAAUAUUAGUAAAAAAUGGAGCUGAUGUUAAUGCUAUGGACAAGGUUAGAACACUUGUAAUGUUCUGUUUCUUUGAAAAUAUGAGCGAAGCAUUAGCAUUCAAAUAAUAGACAACAUUGCAUGGUGCUUUGUACACUAUCAGGAGUCUUUUUCAUAAGCUCCUUGUAAAAUUAUG